UCCUUCAAGAGUCACUCUCAACUUAUCUGUCUAUAAAGCCUAUAAAAAAAACUGUUUUCAUGUAUUUCUUAACACUUCAGAAUGUUAUUCUUAUUAAGUGAGGGUCAUUUUUUAGUUUUUUUUACUCAAGCAAAGUCUCUGAGAACCUGACACAUUGAACUUCUGAAGACUCCAGUGCUCACACACUUGCGCCUCACAUAUAUACACAGACACGCGCGCUGCGGAUUGGCUCUGUUGCAGGGUUUCCAGGUGUGAUGGCAGACACGGCCGUUCAGAUGACCACAGUCGGAGAUAAGAACAACAAUGUGUCCAGGACAAAAGUGUCCACCAGAAUGUCCUCCUCAUCGCCCAGACGAGGAGCGACCAUGAGCUUCCACAACAUCAACUACAGUGUGAAGAUGAAGAGCGGCUUCAUCUGCAAGAGGAAGGUUACAAAGAAGAACAUCCUGAUUGAGCUCAAUGGUAUCAUGAGGCCGGGACUGAACGCCAUAUUAGGAGUCACCGGCAGCGGGAAAUCAUCGUUUCUGGACGUUCUGGCCGCUCGUAAGGAUCCUUCUGGUCUCUCUGGAGAGGUUCUUAUAGACGGAGCUCCACAACCUCCAAACUUCAAAUGUCUGUCUGGAUACGUAGUGCAGGAUGACGUGGUCAUGGGGACGCUGACGGUUCGUGAGAAUCUGCGUUUCUCAGCGGCUUUACGACUCCCGAAUUCGAUCCAUCAGAGAGAAAAAGAUGAGAAGGUUGAGAGACUCAUUCAGGAGCUGGGAUUGAGCAAAGUGGCCGAUUCACGGGUGGGCACGCAGCUGAUUCGUGGCAUUUCAGGCGGAGAGAGGAAGAGGACGAGCAUCGGCAUGGAGCUGAUCAUUGAUCCGCCGGUGCUUUUCCUGGACGAACCCACCACCGGCCUGGACGCCAGUACAGCCAACUCCGUCCUCAUGCUGCUCAAGAGAAUGGCGAACAGCGGUCGCACCAUCAUCCUGUCCAUCCAUCAGCCGCGCUACUCCAUCUACCGGCUGUUUGACAGCCUCACGCUGCUGGUGGGAGGAAGGAUGGUGUAUCACGGGCCGGCUCAGGUUGCCCUGAACUACUUCAGUCAGAUCGGAUACAUCUGUGAACCUCAUAACAACCCUGCUGAUUUCUUCCUGGAUGUGAUCAAUGGAGAAUCCACUGCUGUCGCUCUCAACAAGUUAUACGACAAUAAGGAACUGGACCAGGAGCAGCUGAGUUUGUCCCUCAAGGGCAUCGAGGAUCGUUUGGUGGAGGAAUACAAGAACAGCAUCAACUACAAACGGACCAAAAGCGAGCUGAAGCGAAUCAUUAAGGGACAGGACUACAGCACACGGCCCAAAUCCAGAACGGUCACAUACAGCACGUCCUUCUGCCACCAGUUCCACUGGGUCUUCAAGAGAACCAUCAAGAACCUCAUGCUGAACCCACAGACCUCAGUCGCUCAGGUUGGGGUGAUGAUUUUGCUGGCUCUGGUUGUUGGAGCCAUAUUUUUUGGAGUGAAGGAGAAUUCAAGUGGCAUUCAGAACAGGAUGGGUGCGCUUUUCUUCAUCAGCUCAAAUCAGUGUUUCAGCACUAUGUCCUCAGCCGAACUCUUCAUCAUUGAGAGGAAACUGUUUGUGCAUGAAUACAUCAGCGGCUACUACAGAGUGUCAGUGUACUUCCUGUCGAAGGUCCUGUCUGAUGUCCUGUUUCUGCGCACCAUCCCCGGCAUCAUCUUCAGCUGCGUGAUCUACUGGAUGAUCGGACUGAAAGCGACGGCCGAGGCGUUCUUCAUCUUCCUGUUCUCCAUCGUUCUGGUGUCGUACGCAGCCACGUCUAUGACUCUGGCCAUCUCUGCUGAUCAGACGGUGGUGACCAUCGCUAACAUCUUCAUUAACAACAUAUUUGUGUUUAUGAUGAUCUUCUCAGGGCUGCUGGUGAAUCUCCCCAGUGUUGCUGACUGGUUGAACUGGCUGAAGUAUCUCAGUAUUCCUCGUUACGGUCUCGCUGCUGUGGAAAUCAAUGAGUUCACCAGCCUCAUCUUUUGCGACACGAGGAACACAAGCGGCAUAGAAAAACGAGUCUGUUCGACAGGCGAGGGCUUUCUGAACGAACAGGGCGUUGAUUACUCAACCUGGGGUUUGUGGCAGAAUCAUUUGGCUCUGGGAAUCAUGACCCUCAUCUUCCUCAUCAUCACUUACCUCAAGUUGCGCUUCAUCAAGAAAUUCACCUAAACACAAGCUCAUUGGCUGUGUUCCAAAUCGCAUACUCUCUUGAGCAGGUACUUUUUUGAAUAAGUCAUUACUCAACAACUGCAAAAAAAGAAUGUUCUAUAUAGAAUGAAUGUAAUCUGGAUGUACUGCAUUCGCCUUACUGUCAUUGUCACGUGACCUAGCAGCAUCAGUUGCGUCGUGUCACUGCCGUUAAUAAAUCCUCUCCUGCGGCCUUAUGGGAUAUUAAAGAGUCUAUCGCAUGCACACUUCAGAUUCACAUUGGAAGUAUAGGUUAUCUAAAAAGUUUUUGCCUGCUCUUUUAUGAGUACUGUGAAUUCAGACAUACUUUCUGUCAGCAUAAUCUGUCAAUAUAAUCUGUUCAAUCAUAAUUUCUUUCAAAAUUAAUGUAACAGUACAAUAUGGCAAUAUGGAGUCACUUCAGUUUGAUACCCUUUAAGUUUGUUUUGUUUGCUAUACAUGUUUUUCUGUGUUACUGCAAACUUUCAUUUAUGCUUUUUUUCAUAAGAAAUACAUAUUUUUGUACUUUUCAGGACACCAACAUGUAAUAAAAACAAAUGUUCAGAU